GACCCCCCCCGCCCCGCCCCGCCAAGGAGGUGAGAAAGGAGGGAAGGGAGGAGAGGAGUGAGGCCUCGGGGAAGGGGCGAGGGACGGGGGAAGGGCGGGGGGCUCGGCGGGGGAGGGGGUGGGUCCGAGUCGCGCCGCAGGGGGCCCAGGAUGGCCGGGACGCGCGCCCCUGGGGCGCUCUGGGCGUCGGAGGAACGCCAGCCGCUCCUGGCGCGCAGGCCGCGGGGGCCCCGUCGGUGGUGGCGGGCCGCGGCGGCCGCGGUGCUGCUGGUGGAGAUGCUGGAGCGCGCCGCCUUCUUCGGCGUCACGGGCAACCUCGUGCUCUACCUGAACAGCGCCGAGCUCAACUGGGGGGGCGAGCAGGCGUCCCGUGCCGCACUUGUCUUCCUGGGCGCCUCCUACCUGCUGUCGCCCGUGGGCGGCUGGCUGGCCGACGUGUACUUGGGCCGCUACCGCGCCAUCGUGCUCAGCCUGCUGCUCUACUUGGCCGCCUCGGGCCUGCUGGCCGCCACCGCCUUCCCAGACGGCCGCAGCUCCUUCUGCGGAGAAAUACCCUCCGCGCACCUGGUGCCCGCCUGCCCCUCGCCCGGCUGCCAGCACCCCUCGCGCGCCACCUACUGCGCGCCCACCAUCUACGCGGUGCUGCUGCUGCUCGCCCUGGCCGCCAGCUCCGUCAGGAGCAACCUCACCUCUUUCGGGGCCGACCAGGUGAUGGAUCUUGGCCGCCAUGCCAGCCGCCGCUUCUUCAAUUGGUUUUACUGGAGCAUCAAUGUGGGUGCCAUGCUGUCCUUGCUGGUGGUGGCCUUUAUCCAACAGAACAUCAGCUUCCUUCUGGGCUACUGCAUCAUCACGGGCUGUGUGGGCCUGGCCUUCUUCAUCUUCCUCUUUGCCACCCCCAGCUUCAUCAUCAAACCGCCCACAGGCAGCCAAGUGUCCUCCAUGCUCAAACUUGCUCUCCAAAACUGCUGUCCCCGACUGUGGCACCGACGCUCUUCCAGAGACCCUCCCAGUGCCCAGCUGCUGCCUGACCAGAGGUUUCCACAGCCUGGCCCUUCCCGCCAAGAGGACAUUGCCAACUUCCAGGUGCUGGUGAAGAUCUUGCCCAUCAUGGUGACUUUGGUACCCUAUUGGAUGGUAUACUUCCAGAUGCAGUCCACGUACGUCCUACAAGGUCUUCACCUCCAAAUCCCGAACAUCUUCCCCAACUGCCCUACCAACAAAUCCGAGGAUCUGAGAGUCCAGAGCGGUGUCUACAAGAUCCCAGAAGCCUGGCUGCUCCUGGCCAAUGUCGUGGUGUUGCUGAUUCUGGUGCCUGUAAAGGACCACCUGCUUGACCCUUUACUGCUGCGCUGCAAGCUGCUUCCCUCUGCUCUGCAGAAGAUGGCGCUGGGGAUGUUCUUUGGUUUCACCUCGGUCAUUGUGGCAGGAAUCCUGGAGAUGAAGCGUUUAGAAUACAUCAAUCACAACCAGACAGUGUCCCAGCAGAUUGGGCGGGACACGUACUACGCAGCACCACUGUCCAUCUGGUGGCAGACCCCUCAGUACAUGCUCAUCGGGAUCAGUGAGAUUUUUGCCAGCAUUGCAGGCCUGGAGUUUGCGUACUCAGAGGCCCCACGCUCCAUGCAGGGUGCUAUGAUGGGCAUCUUCUUCUGCCUGUCCGGGGUGGGCUCGCUACUGGGCUCCAGCCUUGUGGGACUACUGUCACUGCCGGGGGGCUGGCUGUACUCCCCGGAGGAUAAUGGGAACAUCAACAAAUACCGAAUGGACCUCUACUUCUUCCUGCUGGCCGGCAUUCAGGCUGCCGCAGCCCUGCUGUUCAUCAUAAUCACUGGUCGCUAUGAGAAGGCGGCCAAGGGCCCAGCCCCCCAAAGCUGUCCCAGGAGGGACAGUGGCUGAACAGGGCCCCAUCCCCCACAGCCGCCUCUCUUCCCCCAACACAGACAGCGGCAGUACCCGG